AUGGAAAUGGAGCCCUGGUACCCGACCGACUUUAAGCUAGCACUGAGCAACACAAUCUCCAAAGACGAUGUCACCAUCUUCCACCAGCAACCAGGUAGCUCCCCGCGCUUUGUAUACGGAGUCUUGAUGCUUCCAACGGUUCUGAAAUACUAUAUCAGCAUCGACCAAUGCUACGAGAUCCACACAUCCAUGACCCAGGCCACAUUGCCCGGCUAUCAAUUAUAUCAAUUCGCCGAAUCAAGUUCGCCAGUUCUCGCCCCUUCGACGAAUCCAAAAGAUAUUGUGGAGGGGAUGCUUAUUUUCAAUCUCGAUGAGCAACAACGUAAUGCCCUCUACGAAUUCGAAGCAGGGUUAAUGUGCCUGACCAAUGUCCAGGUUGAAAUUUGCCAGAAAGAUACGGAUCAAAUGCACCACCUCCGCACUGUGGAUGCUGGGGCAUUCACUUGGACCAAAUCCACGCAGGGAAUGACCAGAAUUCCUGGCUCGUCAUGGAGUGUGAGAGACUUUUUGCAAAGCCCAUUCUAUCAGCACAUGUCUCAAUCACAAGGUCGAUCCAGUCUUGGGAGCCGCGAUUAUUAG